CUUUUUUACUUUUUUUUUUUUAUUAUUAUUUUCUUUAAAAAAUAAAUAAAUAAAUUGACUUUGAAAUAACAUGUCCUCAACAACACCUUCCACUGAUAAGACUACUGCAACAACCCCUUCCGUUGAAGAAAACAGCACCACUAGUCCUGUUGAAUCCUCUGUUGAAGAAGAAACAUUUAAGGUCUAUGUGGGUAAUUUGAGUUUAAAAAGUACAAAUGAAUCCAUCAAAGCCUUUUUUAAUGAGGUUGGCAAAGUUGUAGAACCUAUUAUCAUUCGAAGAAAGUAUAAACCCUUCAGAAACUGUUUUGGUUUUAUUGGAUAUAGCUCCUUGGCUGAAGCUGAAAAGGCAGUCGAAGAAUUAAACCAAAAGGAAUUGGAUGGUCGUAAACUUCACGUGCAAAUGGCUAGACCAAAGGAGCCAAAGGAAAAUACUGUAGAUGAGUCAAGUUCAAAGGAAAGCAGUCAACAAAAUUCUGAAGAAGAGAAUUUGAACACAACUACUACUACGGAAAAGAAAAUUAAGAAGAAAUCCAACAAAAAGUCGCGUAAAACAAAGAAAAAUGAUCAUAAAGACGAAACAGUAAAAGAGAAUGAAAAGGAAGAGACAGUCACGGAAAAGGAGGCUAAAGCUGUCAAGGAGAAUGAUAAAGAAAAGGUAGAAAAAAUGGAUGAAAAGAAGAAAGGUGACCAAGAGUCAACGCCCACUAUUGAUCCUGUUUCUUCUAUCGAGACAUCUGAACAAGUACCACCAGAACCUAAACCAAAGUCAACCGUCUUUGUUGCAAACCUUCCUCGCAAAUUAAAAGUAGAUGGCUUAAAAGAUGUGUUCAAGGAAUAUCAAGUUGAGUCUGCUAUCAUCGCUAUUCAAAAAAAUGGUCGUUCCAAGGGCUAUGGUUUUGUUGAAUUAAAGACAGUAGAUGAAAUGCAAAAGGUUUUGACAGAGUUUGUUAAUUUUGAAUUAGAUGGACGUCCUAUUCAUAUCUCUGCUGCUACUUCUGUAAAAAACACCGAGGAUAAAAGAGCUGACAGAAAGUAUAAAAAGAAACCUCGUAGAAAGAGCAGACAACAACAACAAAGUGAAGGAGAAGAAAAUGAAGAACAAGAAAAGCCCAAGAGAACAAGAAAGUUUAAAAGAAGAUAUUCUAAUAAGAAAAGACUUGGUAGUAACCAUUUAAAUGAAAAGGAAAAUGAAGGUGUUGAAGCUGCAAAGGAAGCUCAAGAAGCUGUCAAGGAAUUAAAGAAGGAAGACGCUGUUGAAGCUGCAAACGAAGCUGUGAAGAAAUCACAGAAGGAAGAUGAUGUUGAAGCAACUAAAUAAACUGAAACAAAAAAUCUUACAUAAAACUAGUAAAUAUUUUAUAAUCAAUUAUAGAUAAAAAAAACAAAAAAAUAAUAAUAAUAAUAAACUGUACACUUCUUCUUCUUCCUUC